UCGGAACCCAAAAAAUAACAGUUCCUUUCGUUCUUUUCGUGUUUCAUUUCGUUAAAAUCAGUCUUGAGUUGAUGGCGAAUUGUCGCGAUAAUCGAUGUCUCAUUUAAUAUGGAUAAAUCCCCAGGAUUUGCUUAGACGUCUCUUCCGGGCGCUCAACAAUUCCAAGACGGCCCUGCACUUAAGCCUUUACUGAGGGUGUAUGCCCUGCCACUGUGUGCAUCUAGCCAGUAUUCCAACGCUUUACAAAACGAUAACAACUCUAGUAUCUAGGCCUGUGACACUUCUUACAAAUAGACAAGUGGAUAUUCUUACAUUAUAACUACUUCAAUAUAAAACAUUUCUCGGCUCGCGUGGAAUACGCGCUACUCCCUGCAUCCGUCGAGCAUCUAUUUGUGCAUCAAUAAUCCUUGCCACCACGAGGGGACUAUUUUAGGUAGAUCGGAGGAGCAGCGAGUCACGAAGAAAGUUAAAUGUGUUACGCGAGAGGUGAUAUUAACCUAAUGAUUCAAUUUUUAAUUCAAUAGGAAUUUUUUUAUUCAUCAUUAACUCGGUAUCUAGGCCUGUGACACUUCUUGCAAAUACACAAGUGGAUGUUGUUACAUUAUAACUACUUCAAUAUAAAACAUUUCUCGGCUCGCGUGGAAUACGCGCUACUCCCUGCAUCCGUCGAGCAUCUAUUUGUGCAUCAAUAAUCCUUGCCACCACGAGGGGACUAUUUUAGGUAGAUCGGGGGAGCAGCGAGAGUCACGAAGAAAGUUAAAUGUGUUACGCGAGAGGUCAAUACUUUUCAGGUUGUUUGUAGCUGAAGCCAUGGUUGCCUCCUCAGUAUGUUGUAGGCUGACAAGUCCUGUGCGAGUGACCAGUAGAUAACGUAAACACGCGACAAAUAAUAUGGGGCCCUUGGAGAAGGCAUAUCGUUACUUGAUGGAGGGAAUAGCGGAUCCCAGGGUGGCUGAUUGGCCGCUAAUGGCUAAUCCCAUUCCCGUCACCUGUGUGCUCAUAGCUUAUCUGAUGUUCGUACUUUAUAUUGGUCCAAUGAUCAUGAAAAAUCGACCUCCGUACUCCCUCAACAAACUCAUGAUAUUCUACAAUGUAUUCGUUGCUAUCACAAGUGGCCUAGUAUUUUAUGGCAUACUGACGUCAGGAUUUACUACCAAACUGUCCUGGGGUUGUGAGCCUGUGGAUUACUCUUUAGAUCCUGAGCCGAUGAGUAUGGCGAGAUGGGUAUGGUGGGUGUUAAUUCUGAAAAUGUUUGAGCUCGGUGAUACCGUAAUCUUCGUGCUGCGUAAAAAAUUCAGCCAGUGUUCUUUUCUGCACAUCUAUCAUCACGUAACGACCGUCUGCCUCGCUUGGAUCGCUUGUAAAUACGCUCCCGGUGGCAUGUGGACAUUUAUUAUGAUGCCAAACUGCAUCGUUCACGUUAUUAUGUAUACGUACUAUCUUCUAGCUAGUUUUGGCCCAGCUAUGCAGAAGAUUCUUGCUCCAUGGAAGCCAUACUUAACCAUGCUGCAAAUGCUCCAAUUUGUGAUUAUGGUCAUACACACGACUCAAGCGCUUUUACCGUCCUGCGAGCCCACCCGUAAGCCACUGGCUUACAUUUACAUGUCUCAAGUGAUCGUAAUAUUUUAUCUGUUCUGGGAUUUUUACAGAACAACGUAUUUGAAGAGAAAAACCGCCUAGUGUGCAUUAUGAUUUUCGUUGUCAUCGAAUAUGUCAUUUCUGUGCCUUAUUUUGUACUUUUUCUUAAAAAAAGUAAAAGCUUUUUGAUGA